CAUGCAGUCUAGCAGCAAUCCAUCUACGUCAUCCUCUGUCGCAAAAUGUACUUCAAUCACCUCGGACGAUUCGAUCGUAAUCAGUGGCAUUGCGGGCAAGUAUCCGCGUUCGGACAGUGUAGAACAUUUUGCCAAAAAUCUCUACAACAAGGUCGAUUUGGUCGAUGAUAAAGAAGAUCGAUGGCGUCAUCUGUACGCUGGCAUUCCGAAGCGCCUAGGGAAGUUAAACAAUUUGGGAAAGUUUGAUGCGGAGUUCUUCAACAGUGGCUUCCAGGAAACGCAUACGAUGGAUCCGCAGCAGCGUCUGCUAUUGGAGCAUUGCUACGAAGCGUUGCUGGACGCCGGGCUGCAUCCGGAUGACAUCAAAGGUUCGCGUACGGGCGUGUUUGUCGGUGUGUCAAUUGCGGAGACGGAAAUCUAUUGGACUUACAAGAAAACCAAAUCACCGUACAAUAGAUCUAUCUUGGGGUUCGUUCGAAGCAUGCUUGCAACCAAAAUUGCGUACGCAUUGGAUCUGAAGGGACCUGCCAUGGCGGUAGAUACGGCAUGCAGCAGCUCCAUGUACGCUCUCGAUUGGGCCUGUAAAGCCAUCCGUCAAGGACAGUGUGAUUCCGCCAUUGUUGCCGGUACCAAUCUUACGUUGCAUCCUUACAUUACGCUUCAAUUUGCACUGCUCGGUGUGCUAGCAGCGGACGGAUUUUGCCGACCAUUCGAUAAGAAUGCUUCCGGAUACUCCCGAUCGGAGGCUAACGCAGUGAUUCUGCUCCAAAAGGCAAAGGAUGCCAAACGUAUUUAUGCACACGUUGUGAACACCAAAACGAACUGCGAUGGAUACAAGCUCGAGGGUAUUACCUUCCCAUCGAACAAGAUACAGAAGCAGCUGCUGGAUGAGCUGUACUCCGAGGUACCCUACGAUCCUAAGGACGUCAGCUAUGUCGAGGCUCACAGUACCGGUACCAUGGUUGGAGAUCCGGAGGAAUGUGACGCCAUUGAAAAAGUGUUCUGUCCCGACAGAACCGAUCCACUACUGGUCGGCUCGGUCAAAUCAAACAUCGGACAUUCGGAAGCUGCCGCUGGUAUCUGUUCCGUUACCAAAUGUGUAAUUGCGAUGCAAAAUUGUAUCAUUCCACCGAACAUCAACUACACCGAACCACGAUCGGAUGUACCAUCACUACUCAACGGAAAGCUUAAGGUGGUUGAUCAAUCGACUCCCCUAGGUGGACCACUUGUAGCGGUAAAUUCCUUCGGAUUUGGAGGUGCUAAUGCUCAUGCACUGCUACACAACUGCACGAAGCAAAAGAUCAACGGUGGUUACCCAUCGGACGGACUGCCACGGUUGAUAGUUUGGAGCGGUAGAACCAUUGCUGCGGUGGAUAAUUUCCUGAACAGUCUAAAAGGCAAAGCAUAUGAUGCCGAAUUUUACGCCCUAACUCAUAACAUUCAGCGCAAGGAAAUUCCCAAAAUGAUCACCAAAGGGUACGCUAUCUUCGGUGGACGUCAGGACCGUACUGCUGAACUGCUGUUUAAAGCGACUUCCACCGUUACUCCCAAAAAAUAUAAGGUUCCUCCAGUAACGCUUGUGUUUGGACAGCUAGAAAGCAACUGGAAGGAGACGGUGGAAGCGUUUAAGCAGUUUCCAGAGUUUGUUGAAAGCACUAAGGAAUGUCUGCAAGCGAUAAGGGCGUGUGCGUUCGAUGCAUUCGAUCAGACAAUGCAGACGGACGAUUCAAUUCAUCGCAUCUUGUGGACGUUCAUCACUCAAGUGGGUGUGUACCGGAUGUUGAUCAAGUCUGGCUUAUCGAUCGAUCAGUACGCUGGAUAUGCUGCAGGACAAAUCGCAUGUGCGUAUUUUGACGGAGUGCUAUCGCUUCAAGAUGCACUGCGAGUGGCCUACGCACAGGGUUAUAUUAUUCGUGCCCAUCAAACUGAAAAGAACUCUAGCAACAAUGUUUCAUCGAACAAACAGCUUAACGUUAAGAUGGCAGCUGCACUUAAGCCUCUGCGACUUCGAGCUGCAACACCAAAGUGGUUUAAUCCUUGCCAACUGAAAACUUUCGAUAUGUACGAUUCAAAGGCAACGGCAUCGUUGUUCCAAACUUUAGGAAAUGUAACGCUCGUUUUGCAGCCAUUGAAUGAUUCUUUGAAGUCGUCGACUGAGGUUGUCAUUAACUUCCUGAAGGCGAUCGGAGAAGCAUUCCAGAAAGGUCAUCAAAUCAACCUGCUGUCGCUGUAUCCAUCGAUCGACUUUCCCGUUUCGCAGGGUACUCCCAUGAUUUCAUCACUUCUCGAGUGGGAUCAUUCUGCCGAUUGGCAUGUCACCAACUUCCGGACGACUCGUAUGGUUGAUCAAAGCACCUCGGAGUAUACGAUUUCAUUCUCGGAACAAGACUACAUCGCUGGCCACUGUAUUGAUGGAAGAAUCCUCAUACCGGCUACGGGAUAUCUGUUUUACGUCUGGGAUUCCUUCUCCGGCAAAAUGGGCAUCAUUCCCGAAGAAAUGCCGGUAGAAUUUUUCGAUAUAGAAUUUUUGCGUGCUACCACACUCGUUGGAGAUCAGCAGGUAACGCUUUCAAUCGAUUUGAAUGAUGUUACGGGCUACUUUGAGGUACGUGAAGGUACGGCACUAGUAGUCACGGGUCGCAUUCAGGCACUCGCCAAUUACAAACCACCGGUCAUCGAGCACAAGAAGAGCGAUGCGGUAAUACUCCCAUCGAAGGACUUCUAUAAGGAGCUUCGACUGCGUGGAUACCACUACGGAGGAUACUUCAAGUCUGUGCUAGAAUCAGCUGCUGAUGGAUCGUAUGCUAAGAUUGAAUGGAAAUUUAACUGGACAGCGUUACUCGAUUGCAUUCUGCAAGUCGCCAUCAUUGCUGUGGAUUCUCGAUCGCUCGUGAUUCCUACCCGCAUUGAGUCGAUGAAGAUUGAUCCUAUACAGCACAAGGGAACGGACCAGGGCAAUGAAAUUCCAAGCUAUAACGCUCGCUUCGACCCAGAACUUAACCUUUUGCAAUGUGGAGCGAUAGAAAUACGAGGACUUAAUGCUAGUUCCAUCGCGCGACGACUUCCGCCGGGUGUUCCUGUACUUGAAACUUACAAGUUCCAACCGUACUAUCCACAACACGUAGCUCCACUAGCCACUGCCGUUUCAACCAUUGUUCAAACGAUUCUGGAGAAUCAAGCCACAAUCUUUUUCUCCGUCACGGAAGUUCAUUCUAAAACGAGGGAGCCUAUCAUUUCCCUUUUCGGCGAUGCUAUCGGUGACUUGCCGUUGGUGAAGGCCCACCUUACAUUGCUUUCCAACACGAAGCCUGAGCCCAUCCCUAACGUCACUAUCUCGGAAGAUAAGCUCAUGAAGCAACGUAACGUACUGUUGCUUAUCUGUGAGAACCUCUUCAGCGACGACGAGUUCAUCUCCGAUGCUAUCAACUCGCUUUCCGAUCAGGGCUUCAUACUGCUUCGCGAGUCUCAAGGAUAUCAGCUUCAGGAUAGCCAUCGACGGCUCCAGCUUGUGAGUACCCUCCCGAUCGAAGGAGAGACAUUCCUGCUACUCCAACAAAAGAAGUCCGCUAUGAACACCUCCGUCGAUGCUCACGUUAUUCAAAUAUCGUCGAAAGAUACCGCCCAUAACUGGUUGUUGGAGUUGAAACAAGAAGUCAAAACGAAACCCAUCAUUCUCGUCGCUCAAAAUGAUCCUUCUUCGGGUAUCAUCGGACUUGUGAACUGUAUCCGCAAGGAACCCAACAUUCAAACUGUUUCUUGUUUCUUCAUUGAUGAUCCCAAUGCUCCGGCGUUUGAUCCAUCCAAUCCAUUCUACAAAGAUCAGAUUGAGCUUGGACUGGCGAUCAACGUCUAUCGCAAUGGUCAAUGGGGAUGCUAUCGCCAUUUCAAGCUGCUGGAAGAGCCGCGGUAUGAGUCGACCACUAACCACUGCUUCGCCAACUGUGUCAAGCCUGGAGAUCUCUCUUCAUUCACGUGGAUGGUUGGACCGUUGAGCGAGCAACCGCCUAAAAGUCCUUUGGUUAAAGUCGUGUACAGCUCUUUGAAUUUCAAGGACGUUAUGAUUGCUACCGGAAGACUAACGCUUGAAACGUUCUGCACCGACAGGAUGGAACAAGAGUGCGUUCUAGGCUUCGAAUAUUCUGGUGUUACAGCGACCGGUAAGCGGGUAAUGGGCAUCAUUCAAGCUGGAUCUAUGGCUACAAUAAUUGAGGCAGAUAGUGCCUUUACUUUGGACGUACCUAAUGACAUAACUUUGGAACAGGCAGCUACCAUACCUACUGUAUACGCUACGGUCUACGCUGCCUUCUUCAUUUGCUCUCAAAUUCGCAAAGGAAAUUCCGUUCUUAUACACGCUGGUACGGGAGGUAUCGGUCUUGCCGCUAUUCGAGUUUGUCUAGCAUACGGACUUGAAGUCUUUACCACCGUCAGCACCAAGGAGAAACGAGAGUUCCUCCUCAGUUACUUCCCUGACCUGAACCCCAACAACAUCGGUAAUUCCAGAGAUACCUCCUUCGAAACUCUCAUCAAGGAGCGUACUGAUGGCCGAGGUGUCGACUUUGUUCUCAACUCUCUUUCCGAGGAAAAGCUUCAGGCAUCCAUCCGCUGCUUGGCAAAGGGAGGACAUUUCCUCGAAAUCGGAAAGUACGACAUGAUGAAGGAUUCUAAGCUGUCAAUGGCGCUCUUCCAGAAAGGAAUUACCUUUACCGCCGUGCUCGUCGAUUUGUUGUUCAAGGAAAGACGCAAUCUGCUGAUAGCGCUGCAGAAACUCAUGUUGACCGAUAUUUCCAAGGGCAUCAUUCAACCGCUUCCUACUACCGUCUUCCAGGCGCAUGAGAUCGAACAAGCGUUCCGAUAUCUUGCUACUGCCAAACACAUCGGAAAGGUUGUACUUAAGAUUCGUGACAAUGAGGAUGAUGUCGGUUCUGUCCCAAUAUCCUAUCUUCCUCGGGUAUACUGUAACCCAGAGCAAAGCUUCGUCAUUGCUGGUGGUCUUGGUGGAUUUGGACUCGAGUUGGCCGAUUGGCUUAUUAUUCGAGGAUGUCGUAAGCUAGUGCUCAGCUCCAGCCGAGGAAUCACCAAGCCUUAUCAACAGUACCGUAUCAACACAUGGCACACAUACGGAGUCCAAGUUGUCAUCUCCACGGAAGACAUUUCUACCGAGAGUGGAUGUCGUCGACUCCUCCAACAAGCCAUCCGCAUGGGACCUAUCGCUGGUAUCUUUAAUCUGGCCGUACAGCUCCGGGACGCGAUUAUCGAAAACCAAUCGGUGGAUAAGUUUGCCGAAUGUUUGGCUCCUAAGGCUACCGCCACACAUCAUCUCGACCUUAUCAGCCGUGAGCUGUGUCCCAUGCUGAAACACUUCGUCGUGUUCUCCAGUGUCUCUUGCGGCCGAGGAAAUGCUGGCCAGUCUAACUACGGUAUGGCGAACUCCAUCAUGGAACGAAUCAUCGAGCAUCGUGUCGCUCAAGGCCUGCCGGGAAAAGCCAUCCAAUGGGGAGCCAUCGGUGAGGUCGGUAUUGUUGCGGAUAUGCAAGAGGACAAGAUCGACAUGGAGAUCGGAGGUACAUUGCAGCAACGACUCUCGUCCUGCAUCCAAGUGCUCGAUCAACUACUCUCCACUCAAGAGCCUAUUGUGGCCAGUAUGGUUGUGGCCGAGAAGCGAAGCUCUAGUGGUGGAGCGAAGAACAUCGUCGAGGCUGUUAUGAACAUCAUGAACAUUCGAGACAUGAAGUCUGUCUCUGUUGAGAGUACCCUUGCCGACAUCGGUAUGGAUUCUCUCAUGGCCGUCGAAAUCCGACAGGUACUGGAGCGUGACUUCGAUAUCAUUCUAACGCCGCAAGAUCUUCGUACACUCACGUUCUCCAAGCUUCAGAAGCUUGCUGACGCAAAGGCUGAGAAUGAGGCUGCUGAGGCCACUACUCAACAGCUGCAGCUUGAGGACUUGCUGGCUAGCUUCGGUGAUGAAGCCGCCAGCCAUCACACUGUCCUACGAUUGCCCUCCAAGUGUAACGAUCUCGAAUACGAUCGUCCCGUGCUGCUCAUCCCAGGCAUUGAGAGUGUUUGCAGCCCGGCCUGGACGAAGAUCGCUUCCGAAAUUAAUGCUCCUACAUUCAUGCUGCAGACGUUCGCCAACGCUACCGACGAGCAGACCGUCUCCGGAAUCGUUGACACCGUGUUUGACGAGAUGUUCGAGACUGUCUUCGCCAAGGCGGAACAGUUCUUGGUCAUUGGAUAUUCCUUCGGAUCGUUGUUGGCGCUAGAGAUCGUGAAACGCCUGGAAGCACGAUCACUACAAGGAAAGUUGAUGCUAAUCGAUGGUUCUCCAUUGUAUCUGCAACGCUUCGCCAGCCACCAUUUAUCAGGCUUUGAUGACGAACAUCUUCAAAUGGCAAUCCUCACACUCAUCCUAUCGUUCGCAUUGCCCUCGGUGUCCAACGAAAUCAUCAGCACAAUCAUGAGCGAAGCUACGUACGACAUGCGUGUCUCAAAAAUGUUGGAAAUUGGUCGCGAAUCAAAUCCCUUCUCCGAAGAGUAUACGCGCAAAAUGAUGCGAGUAUUGUUCAACCGACUAAAAGCAGCCAUGAACAUGAGCACCGAUGUGAAGGAAAAACUAGUGUCGCCAUUGGUUCUCGUGCGCUCGGGAACGAUUAGCGAAAUUGAGGAGGAUUACGGACUAAGCGAGUUCACACAGUCGUCCAUGAUUGUCAAGGUCAUCGACGGUACGCAUCAGACCAUGUUAUCCAACAUGGAACUGCUUGAAAUUAUUAAUAAGGACACUCUGUGAACAUGCGAUCG